AUGCAUCAUGUUUCGUCAAGAGCAGACGGCAGAGGCUCAAUAUCGACAUACCAACAACAAGAGAGUGAAGAAGAUGGAAUGCUUCGACCUAGCGCACGGGAAAACACUCAAUCGCGUUGGGGCUCGGUAUCUACAGGUCUCGAGAGCAGGAGAGAUAGCGUCUUUUAUGGUAUUGACAAGGAUAUCCGUCUCGGGUCAAUCAAAAGACCGGAGGAGAUACAUUCUAUGGAUGACUUACAGCGAGUUAGGGACCUACGAAGCAGAGGAGAACAGUAUGUUAUACUAUACCUGCGUUCUGCACUGUCCGCAGUUGGGACGCUUGCAACAGACAUUACACGACGACUGGACUACACCUACUACGGGCUUCUGGAGAAAAUUGCAGCUCUCACUAUGACAAUCGUCUCCCUUCAGGAGCUAUCAGAUACGACGUCCAAACUUUUUGACGACUUCCAGCAGGAGACCACAGGCUUAGAGCACGAUAUCCGAAAACAAAUCGGUGAUCUCCAUGAAUUUCAACCCCAGGUGCAGAGAAUUGAGGCUUUAGAGGAACGGAUGAGAGCCAGCAAGACAAGGGCUAAAGCGCUCAGCAAUAGGCUGGAUGCAAUGAGGAGUGAGAUUGAAAGAUGGGACAAGCGGGAGAUGGAAUGGCAAAUGCGAACAAACCAACGACUACGUAUUUUCUGGGGCAUUAUCACAUCAGUUAUCCUAGCAGCCCUGGUUUUCAUCAUCCUCCAGCACUGGCCGAGUGAGGAGACAUCGUCUGGCUUUAAAGCUCUUCCGAGAUCCUUGAAACUCACAAAUAAUCCCUCUCACAUUCCUCACCCCAAGGAAAACGACGCAUUCUCACCAAGCUCGAGGAGCGAGUACGCGAUGACUCUAGAGUCAUCCAACCUCGAUGGCACGACAAGUACGGUUCAGAAAGAUCCAUCUACAUCAGUCGGGGCUGAUAAAGCUACAAGAUCGGCCGAUUAUGACCCUUUACGAAUAUUUGAUGAAUUAUGA